ACGUCAUCAUGGUUCUUGAUAUCACAGUGUAUAGCUCUUCUUAGCUGACCUCGAUAUAAAGACCUGGUAAUCCCUACACAAUGCCACCAGGCAGGUGGCUAACAACCCCCCAAUCACUCGCCCGCCGAGUCGAGCAAGCCCUCGAGGCCCAAGUCCGCACCACCCACAGCUACCACCCCCCCACGAAGUCGUCACGAUGUAGCCGCACCAUCCUCCGACCCUCACCCCCUUCCCUCCGUCGCACCUUCACGCACAGCACAAAACGAUCCGCGCGUCCCCCCGCCGAAGACCCAGCCUUCACCUCGAUCCUCGACAACCCACCAGAGCUCGUGCGCACAGGGCGGCGCCACGGGCCCGGCCUCAUAAUCCUCGCCAUCAUACCCGUAACCGCGUUCCUGCUCGGAACAUGGCAAGUGCAGCGUCUCGGGUGGAAAACAGAGCUGAUCGCCAAAUUCGAGGACCGGAUCGUGCGGCCGCCCUUACCGUUGCCGCCGCGCGUGGACCCGGACGCGGUGCACGAGUUCGAUUUCCGGCGGGUGCGGGCGCGCGGGCGGUACGCGCACGAGCGGGAGAUGCUGGUCGGGCCGCGGAUGCGCGACGGCGAGCAGGGGUACAUGGUAGUGACGCCACUGGAGCGCGGGGGGGAAGGCGAGGGGUCGACGGUGCUGGUUAACCGCGGCUGGAUCAGCAAGAAGCACCGCCUGCAGCGGGACCGGCCGGAGUCGCUGCCGAGCGGCGAGGUCGAGGUCGAGGGCUUGCUGAGGGAGCCGUGGAAGAAGAAUAUGUUCACGCCGGAGAAUAGGCCGGAUAAGAACGAGUUCUACUUUCCGGAUGUUAAGCAGAUGGCUACGCUGACGGGGAGUCAGGCUGUGUGGAUUGAGCAGACUAUGGAGCCAACUUUGCUAGAGGCUAUAGACAUGGAAGCCAAGGGCAUUCCCAUUGGUAGACCGGCUGAGGUCAACUUAAGGAAUAACCAUGCCCAGUACAUUUUCACAUGGUACGGACUCGCUAUAGCGACGUCGAUAAUGUUUUACAUGGUAGUCAAGAAGCCACCUUCGGAUAUCUCACGUAGGGUACGAAUGAACAAGGAAUGGUCGUAGACUCCUUGUUUUAAAUACGCAAUGUAUCAUUUGACGGAACUCGGAAUUCUGCCGGGCCUCAAGUCACUUCUUCCUCCUCAUCCACCUCCGUGUGUCGUGACUGUUUCUUUCGAGGAGCUUUCGUAGGCGGUGGGACUGACAUACGCAACUCUUGUAGGAGUUCUCUGGGUAGAUGUCGUUGCGCUAGGGCAAAUGUUGUUGUCGACGCAUUCGUCUGCCGUUGUCU